AUGAACACCACCAUGAAAUUCUUACUUCACCUACAAGAAAUUCCAUUAUAUGCAACUUUUCUUCUUGCUACAUUCUCAAUCUUUCUAGCCAUUAAAUAUGCUAGAGCCAACAGAAACAAGAAAAACAUCAAGAACCCACCAGAGCCAGCAGGCGCAUGGCCUAUCGUCGGUCACCUUCCUCUUCUCGGCGGCUCGAACCAGUUACUACACAGGACAUUUAAGACUAUGGCAGAUAAGCUUGGACCUAUCUUCUUAAUCCGCCUAGGGAUUCAUCAAGCAGUUAUUGUAAGCGACAAGGAAUUAGCAAGAGAAUGUUUCACUGUCAACGACAAGGUUUUUCCUACACGACCAAAAUCUUUAGCAGUGAAAAUCAUGGGCUAUAACCAUGCUAUGCUCGGCUUCGCACCUUAUGGAAAGUAUUGGCGUGAUAUGAGGAAGCUAGCCGUGGUUCAACUCCUGUCGAACCGCCGGCUUGAGUUGCUAAAGCAUGUAAUCGAUACAGAAACUAAGUUGUUUAUCAAAGAUUUGUAUCAGGAGUCCGUCAAGAACGGAGGGCAAAGCGCAAUUGUUGAAAUGAAAGAAAGAUUUGAAGAAUUGACAUUAAAUAUAAUAGUAAAAAUGGUUGCUGGGAAAAGAUUAUUCGGAUCAAAUGGAAUAGAAGACGAUGAUUCAAGGCGAUUUUCGAAGGCAUUAAGUGAGUUUUUCAAUUUAACUGGGAUGAUCUUGGUUUCUGAUACAGUUCCAAUUCUUGGUUGGUUGGAUUUGGUGAAAGGUUAUGUCGGUAAAAUGAAGAAGACAGCAAUGGAGUUGGAUAGUGUGUUAGGAAGAUGGGUUAAACAACAUAGAGAAAAGAUGAUUGAAGAGCAUAAUAUAAAGGAGGAAGAUCGAGAUUUUAUUUAUGUUAUGCUUUCUGUCUUGGAUGAUGGCAGCAUUUCUGCUGAUGAAAUUGACACUAUCAUUAAGGCUACUUGCUUGAGUCUAAUUCUGGGUGGGUAUGAUACAAAUGCGAUCACUCUUACAUGGGCAAUAUCUUUGCUAUUGAACAACCGUCAUGUGCUAAAAAAGGCUCAACAUGAACUUGACAUCUAUGUAGGAAAGCAUCAGCAAGUGGAGAGUGGUUCAUGCACGACUAACCUCGUAUAUUUGCAAGCUGUUGUGAAGGAAACACUCAGACUGUACCCUGCCACGCCACUCUUAGUGCCAAGGGAAGCCAUGGAGGAUUGCAUCAUAGCAGGUUAUCAUAUCCCAGCUGGAACUCGUCUUUUCGUUAACCUGUGGAAGAUGCACCGUGACCCGACUGUUUGGAUCAACUCUCUGGAGUUUCAGCCUGAGAGAUUUCUGAAUGAGCAUAUCAACUUGGACAUCAAGGGUCAGGAUUUCGAAUGUAUACCUUUUGGUUCUGGUAGAAGAAUGUGCCCAGGAGUGUCGUUUGCGCUUCAGGUUCUGCACCUGACAUUAGCUCGACUGCUUCAGGGGUUCGAGUUAACUACAGUCGCAGAUAAUCCAGUUGAUAUGAGUGAGAGUCCUGGAUUGACUUCACCUAAAGCAACACCAUUGGAGGUUGUUCUCAGUCCCAGACUACCUUGCGAGCUCUAUGAAUGUUAAGUUUACAAAGAGUCCACACAGUGGAUGCCGACUUCAUUACCUGUGGAGCAUGGUAAGUUCACAGGUAAAAUGCUUUUUACCAAUCACAAUUACCAUCUGCAUUGAGAAACCCUUAAUGCUUAUGCAGACAUGAAACAGAAAGUUCAAAGUAGAAGUAAAUAGAAAGGUUUAUAUUCCGUCCGCAAUUACA